AAAUAUUAGUAUAAUUUUGCACCCAAGUCGAAUUAUCUCUUAAUUUAGAUUGUGAUUCUUUUCUAGUCAGACUAAAAAAAACUCACGUAAACUGGAAUAGUGGAAGUACAUACUCAUCUAGCUACUUCGAAUAAUAUAAAUGAUUGACACCAAAGAAAAGAAAUCAAGAACAUACACUUGGAACACCUCACAUAGUAUAAAUGAUUGACACAAAAGAAAAGAAAUCAAGAACAUACACUUGGAACACUCACUAGCUAUGGAAAUUCUCAAAAUUUCAACUUGUUUUCCACCAUUAUUUCACUUCAACUUCAACACACCAAAAUUUUCAAGAAUCAUCUUAUGUGAGAAGAAGAAAGACAACUUUUCUUUUCCUCAAAAUCAUCAACAACCCAACAAGUCAAGAUUCAAUAAUCUUUUCACUACCAAUAUCUCUAUCUCAACUAAUGAUGAACAAAAGAUUACUACCAAGAAUAAUGAAAAUCAAGAAGAAGAGAAAUUUGAUUGGUAUGCACAAUGGUAUCCAAUAAUGCUACUUAGUGAACUUAAUAAGAGAAGGCCACAAGGGAUAAAAGUGAUGGGAAUUGAUUUGGUAGUAUGGUGGGAUAGAAAUUUGGAAGAAUGGAAAGUGAUGGAUGAUGCAUGUCCUCAUAGAUUAGCUCCACUUUCACAAGGGAGAAUUGAUCAAUGGGGAAGAUUACAAUGUGUGUAUCAUGGUUGGUGUUUUAAUGGCUCUGGUGAUUGCAAGUUUAUCCCUCAAGCUCCUCGAGACGGGCCUCCGUAUCAUUUUUUGCAGGUUCAUACAUCCAAAAGAGCAUGUGUAGCAGUGUAUCCAAGUUUUGUACAAAAUGACAUUCUUUGGUUUUGGCCAAACAAUGAUCCUUCUUACAAGGACAUUCACUUGAGCAAAAUGCCACCUUAUAUUCCACUUUUAGAUUUAAAUAAUGCUAAUAGUUCAUAUGGAAAAACAACAUUAGUUAGAGAGAUUCCAUAUGGGUAUGAGCUGCUGAUUGAAAACCUCAUGGACCCAUCUCAUGUCAACUAUGCACAUCAUGGCAUAAUGAAAAUUCCUCCAUCACCAAAAAGAGUGAAGGCAGAUAGAGAAGGUGGAAAACCACUUGAUAUAAGUGUUGCAAAAGUAGAUUUAAAUGGAUUUAUUGCAAAUCAAGGUCCUGAUGGUGAACAUAAAUUUAUUGCACCUUGUGUGUAUUAUGGCCCAUUUGGUGUUGGAAGCUAUUUGGACAAUGAAUCAAAGGAACAAUCAUCAUCAGGUGAAAUAAAUAAAGUAUUUCUAGUAUUUAUAUGUGUUCCAGUAAGUCCAGGCAAAAGCAGAUUGUUAAUGACAUCAUUACGAAACUUUGCUGCAUGGGAAUAUAAAGUAUUUCCACCAUGGAAAUUUCACCUUGAUAACAACUUAAUCAUUGAUUCUGAUUUAUAUUUACUUCAUCUUCAGGAGUACAAGCUAAAGGAAAAGCAUCCAUACAAUUGGCAAAAAAUUUGUUAUGUACCAACAAAGGCGGAUGCACUAGUGAUUGGUUUUAGAAGGUGGUUGAAUAAAUAUGGAGGUGGCCAAGUUGAUUGGGCCACAAAGUUCACUGGUGACUUGCCACCAACUCCUGCUAGGGAACAACUUUUGGACAGGUACUGGACUCAUACGGUGCAAUGUAGCAGCUGUAGCAAAGCAUAUAAAGGUUUAAAUGCCCUCGAAAUAAUUCUUCAAGUUAUGUCUGUUGCUUCAAUUGGGAUUGCUGCUGCAGUAAAGGAGAAUGUCAUAUCAAUUAGUGCAAGAUUUUCAUUGGUCUUCAUGGCGUUACUAAGCUUCAUGGCUUCAAGAUGGUUAUCCAAAUUUAUAUACAAAAGUUUCCAUUUCCAUGAUUAUGAUCAUGCCUUUAUUUAAAUGGUAUGUAAUUUUGAAUUUUUAUUCGAGCUCGUAAAUAUUAUGUAUUUGGAUAACGAGAUCCUUGUUUUAUUAAGGAUAUGGUGAGAUGAAUAAGAUAUCCCUCCAUCUUUAGCAACUGUCCA